UCCUUUAUUCGAAUUACUUUUCUCUUUCUUUACCUUCUUAUAAGAUAAAUCAUGAAAUUAAGUUCUUCAUUUUUACAAACAUUUUCGGCCUUCUAUUGUAAGGUCUUUCCUGGGAAUUAUUUCUGUAUGUUCGUAACAUUGCUUCUUAUCAUUAGAAACCUGGUCCUCCAUCUUAUUCAGAACUACCUUUGUAAUGACACUCUUCUGUCGAAUCUGGGCAUGACUUUCCUAAACAGCCGCGGUGAAUCAUACAAGGUCCAUUUGAUGAAAAAUAUGGUUCUACAUAAUCAGACGAUGAUGUUUCGGCAGAUUCUUCUAUAGAAUUCGAAUCAGAUGAUGAUAGUUCAGUAGAUUCUUCUAUAGAAUUUGAGUCAGAUGAUGAUGCUUCAACAGAUUCUUCCAUAGAAUUUGAAUCAGACGAUGAUAGUUCAGUAGAUUCAUCUAUAGAAUUUGAAUCAGACGAUGAUAGUUCAACAGAUUCUUCUAUAGAAUUUGAGUCAGAUGAUGAUAGUUCAGUAGAU